CGUCACUGUGUCAUGUCGACGGGAGUGUGCGCCAUCUUGAAGCGAAAGCAAAUCACGGGCAGAUCCCGCUCUCGCUGAACCCGCUCUCAUUCCGCGCUCGUUCAUACCGUCCGCCCGGCUGAGCUCGAGGAUAAGCCGCGCUGAAGGAUCGAGGCACAGGCAUAGGCACCGGAGAUGAUGGCAGGGGUUGGUGGAGGCAAUGAUUUCCAGUGGUGCUUCUCCCAGGUCAAAGGAUCCAUAGAUGAAGAUGUUGCAGAAGCGGACAUUAUCUCAACCGUUGAAUUUAACUAUUCUGGGGAGUUACUAGCCACAGGAGACAAAGGGGGAAGAGUCGUCAUAUUUCAGAGAGAACAGGAGAGUAAAAACCGCCCACUCUCAAGAGGGGAAUACAACGUGUACAGCACUUUUCAGAGUCAUGAGCCUGAGUUUGAUUACUUGAAAAGUUUAGAAAUAGAGGAGAAGAUCAAUAAAAUCAGAUGGCUCCCACAACAGAACGCUGCACACUUUCUCCUGUCCACAAAUGACAAAACCAUUAAACUAUGGAAGAUUAGUGAAAGGGACAAACGAGCGGAAGGAUACAACCUUAAAGAUGAAGAUGGAAGACUGCGAGAUCCGUUUCGAAUCACAUCACUACGGGUUCCUGUGCUGAUGCCGAUGGACUUGAUGGUGGAAGCCAGCCCGCGCAGAAUAUUUGCAAACGCACAUACAUAUCACAUCAAUUCCAUUUCAGUAAAUAGUGAUUAUGAAACAUACCUUUCUGCAGACGACCUCAGAAUAAACCUCUGGCAUUUAGAAAUCACAGAUAGAAGUUUUAACAUUGUAGAUAUAAAACCAGCCAAUAUGGAGGAGCUGACGGAGGUGAUAACGGCGGCCGAGUGUCACCCACACCAGUGUAACGUCUUUGUAUACAGCAGUAGUAAAGGAACCAUCCGCCUGUGUGACAUGAGGGCCGCCGCGCUCUGCGAUAGACAUAGUAAAUUUUUUGAGGAGCCAGAAGAUCCCAGCAGCCGGUCGUUCUUCUCAGAAAUCAUCUCCUCCAUAUCCGACGUCAAGUUCAGCCACAGCGGUAGAUACAUGAUGACCCGCGAUUACCUCUCCGUUAAAGUUUGGGACCUGAACAUGGAGAACCGGCCUGUAGAGACCUACCAGGUACACGAGUACCUACGUAGCAAGUUGUGCUCGCUCUACGAGAACGACUGCAUUUUCGACAAGUUUGAGUGCUGUUGGAACGGUUCAGACAGUGCCAUUAUGACGGGUUCCUACAACAACUUCUUUAGGAUGUUUGACAGGAACACGCGCAGGGACAUCACACUGGAGGCGUCGAGGGAGAACAGUAAACCCCGUGCCAUGCUCAAACCCCGCAAGGUCUGCACCGGCGGCAAACGGAAGAAAGACGAAAUCAGCGUGGACAGCCUGGACUUCAACAAGAAGAUCCUACACACCGCCUGGCACCCGAAAGAGAACGUCAUAGCUGUGGCCGCCACCAACAACCUGUAUAUAUUCCAGGACAAACUUAACUAAAAAAGAGAAAAAAAGAAA